AUGCUCCGAGGUUUUGGGCGUGCUGUUUCUAGAGGUCCUGCCGCUAGGGGUGUUGGCGGUACUAGUGCUGGAGCUGGAGGAGCUGUAGUUGGAGAUGCUGGAGCUGGAGGUGCUGGAGCUGGAGGUGCUGGAGCUGGAGGUGCUGGAGCUGGAGGUGCUGGAGCUGGAGGUUCUGGUGCUCGAGCUGAAGGAAUGACUUUACCUUAG